AUGGGUAUGGGUAAGGGUACGGGUGCCGUGAAAGGUAACCCCCACCCAUACCCCAGGUGUACCCUUACCCGCGACCCGUGCGGGUUACCCAUACCCGUGCAGUUGCCUAACAAUGACAUGCUCGUUGACGCACCGUUCGACGGGAUAGGGCCCGGCAACUAUGCUGAUGCUCCCAGACCAACUCGGUCUGGUCGAGGACAUCCUGGACGUUAUCAUAGAGGGAGAGGAGGGCGCGUCCGCCCUCCCCAACAGCGCGAGCAUGACUCUGACGCCCUCGGCGCGUUCACGCGUUUCUUCCGUGCUGAGGCACAGGCCAGUAAGCGCCCGUUCGGAGUUAAUCUGGACCAUCUCGCUGACCUUCGCCGCCAUCCUCUAGAGGAAUUGGCCACUAGAAAGGAGUCGCACGCCUUUGAUGAGCUUGUGCGCGCCGAGCGCGCCCAACGCGCCUACGAGAGGUAUUCCCCUCGUACUCGUAACCUCUCGUUGGACCACCGUCGUGGUCCUCGUGCUCGCUCGCCUCCUGAGGAACCCCCUCGUCGAGUACGUCGCGCGCAUUCUCCACCUCGUCACCGCGUAUCACGCGCUAGCUCCGUACCGAGCAACCGUUCUGCUCUCACCCCGGCUGCUCAGCUGAUCGCUGACGUGACCAGCAACGCAUCCAUUAUCCUCGCCCCAACUCCUGCCCCCAAGCCUCCUGCGGUCGACCCUGGACGCGACGUCGAGGACAUAAUCGCAGCUGCUGAGCAGCUCGACCUCGAGCAGGCUGGUCAUAUGCCUGGGGUCACUACCGAAGAUGUCCUCGGUAGAAUCAUUCCUCUGCGUUCGCCUCCUUGGGAUCUUCCCCGCGAACCUAAGGAACUCGCAUCACCUGAAGAAAGGUCCUCUCGUUUAGAGGACCUGGAGGGCUCCCUGACUUUCUUACCCUUCAGUAUAUAA